CCUUGUCUAGCAGCAGCUCAGUGCGCCAGGCUGUACGAGCUCAGCCUAGGAGCUCACCGGGGAGUGGGCACGGCAGACCGGGGGCACAAGGAGCGGCAGCUGCAGCGGACUCUUCUUGGGUUGAGAGGGAAGCUGUACUAGGAGCACUUACCUCGAAGGGGUUCAUUUGAGCAGAAAUAGCAAACACAUUCACGUUCAGAUUUGUGAGAGUUCCGUAACCAGCUGUGGGGAGGAGUGGGGGAAAGAUGCAGCUCCAGUCCGGCUCGGUGCCCCGCGCCGUCCGCCUCCGCCGCUGGUGAUGCCUGCCGCGCGGGAUCACCGCCCAGCAGCAGCAACAGAGGCAGGAGGAGCACGAGGAGGAGGAGGCGCAGGAGGACCAGAGGGAGGAGGUCAAGACAACAGGGCGUCAGGGGGCCGGUGAUGAUGACGGUAAGGUCAGGAUCAUGGCUAACGGAACCGGUACUAUCAUGUUAAAAUGCGUCGUGGUGGGAGACGGAGCAGUGGGAAAAACGUGUCUGCUGAUGAGCUACGCCAACGACGCGUUUCCGGAGGAGUACGUCCCCACAGUCUUCGACCAUUAUGCAGUGAGCGUCAGUGUCGGGGGGAAGCAGUACUUGCUGGGACUGUACGACACAGCCGGUCAGGAGGACUACGACCGUCUCAGACCGCUGUCCUAUCCCAUGACUGAUGUCUUCCUCAUCUGCUUCUCGGUCGUUAACCCCGCCAGUUUCCAGAAUGUGCGUGAAGAGUGGGUGCCAGAGCUGCAGGAGUACGCACCCAGUGUUCCCUACCUGCUCAUUGGCACACAGAUUGAUCUUCGUGAUGACCCGAAGACCAUCGCCAAACUGAACGACAUGAAGGAGAAGCCCAUCGCCACCGAGCAGGGACAGAAACUAGCAAAAGAGAUUGGUGCAUGUUGCUACGUUGAAUGUUCAGCUUUGACCCAGAAGGGCCUGAAGACAGUGUUCGACGAGGCCAUCAUCGCCAUUCUGACUCCUAAAAAGAAGAAGGGAGCUCUGAAGAGAAGGCUGGGACCUCGCUGCAUCAACUGCUGUCUGAUCACGUGAUGCAUCAACCACAAAGAUCACUCAGCAGCCGACCGUAAACCAAACCUGGACUGAAGGCAAGAGAAAAAUGCACAAAAGAGGGGACUGAAAAGGACAAAACAAGAGCCACUUAAUGCUGCAGCGCUCUUGAAAGACUGUAAAUCUCUCUCCGGCUAUCCAUCGGGGGUCAAGGAUGCAGUUUACUACCAAAGGAGCACAAAACCCAAGUCAGUCUCUUCUUCAAAAAGACUUUCUGCCUCCAAAGUACCUUCUUUUAUAACCAUUUUUAAUCAUGUUUUCUGUGCAAAGUUAUUGUAAGCUGUCAUACAAAAAAAGACAUUUCAGUUUAAAGAGAAAUGCGACAUUUUAAAGAGCUCUUAUUAUUGUUUAAAGAUUUCUUCAUAGAUUCAGAGCAGAUGCUCAGAUCAGGAGCCUGCAGCUGAUAAAUAAUGAGAGGCUGACUUUAGUGACACUGUGACAGUGAACAGAAUACAUUUCUGGACAUGAGGGCCCAGGUUUUAAAUUUAGCAGACUCUUCGGCCCUAAAAGUCUGUCUCUGAUUAUUCGUCUUUCGAGGAUCUGCAAAUUAAACCAAACAGGUGCUUUGUGUAGUCUGGGGAAAACAAAAAUGCUGUUCAGUCAGACCGUUCUGGACCUAAGACUGUAUUAUUUUAAAGUUUGAGAGUCUUGUUUCUGCCUUAUAAAAUCCUGUUAUUUUACAUUGUGGCAUGCCAAAACAUACUGCUGAAGUCCUCAACAGGAAGAGAAGUCUAUAAUCCAUCUUUGAAAUAUAUAUUAUACAGAGUUUAUGAUUCUAUAUCUCCGAGAUAGAGAUGUUUUAUUCAGCGCAAAUAUUAUUUUGUCAACUUAUAGCUUUUUCCUUUUUAUUUGUUAUCCUGCAAUAAUGUGUUAUCCUUUUAUCACCUUGAAGAAGGUUUAGAAAAUUGAAGAGAAAAGAGUACGUACUCUGAUUUAUGUUCAUCAUCCAAAGAAUCAAAUUCAGCUGGCUUAAGCUGUGCUCAGACAAAAGUGAAGCAUUUUUUGCUCCACGUACAUCAUGUAAGUUUGACUGCUUAAUCACUGGGGUUUAUUUGUGAUGAUUAAAAACAACCAGUGAAGACUCAACCUUCCAGAUGCACCAGCAAACCAAACCCUGUCAUGUCUGGCUUCAUGAAAUGCUGCUGAACUGACUAUACCAUGAUGCAGAUUCAUAAAAAGUCUGUAUUCAUCAUUUGUCAGCUCUGUUUGCAAGACGACAGGUAAACAACUUUUAAAGUGCUUGUUUUUCAAAUGGAGUUCGGAUUUUUUCUGAUGCAAUUUAAGGACAUCAGGAAAAUCUGAGGAUUAAGUGUCACAACAUCCCACAAAACUCCCACAUGAGUGGCGCUGGUUUAGCUCAGUUGGUAGAGCAGGUGCCUAAUGUCCAGGGGCUGCAGUUUUCGUCACACUGGUAGCAAGUUAAACUCAAGAUCCUGUUACUGAUUGGUGCACGUCAACACCAGCUUUCUCUAUUACAUGUCCCUCUUCAGCAGUCCAAUCAAACGAAGGCAACAACCUCCAAAAUGUAAUGCUGACAAAAUAUUCUCACUUGAAAUAAGUAUGUACCAUCACGUGAAUAUUGCAUCAUUUUUGUCUGAGCACACCGUAGAGUGACCGAGUAUUGUAAAUCUAAUGCACAACAUGAAGUACAGUAAGCAACACAUCAUUUCCAGGCACAACAAAGCAACAAAGCACAUCCCUCUGCUUAUAACUCCAUUUUUCUAUAGGAGCGAAAGGCUGAGUGAAGCACAUAAAUAAAACUCUUCAUCAGGCAUAAAUUGAAGCAAAGCACACCAUCUGACCACGCACAGUCCAAACAGGUCUCAAAGAAACGUCUCAGAAAUGUUGUCUGAAGAUCUGAACACGUGGAAACAAGGGAGUUUUUUUUUCAGCUGGAGUAACUUUCAAACAAUUCAUAUGGAAGUAUGUAAGGGGCCCUGAUCAUGAAAAGCAGGUCAUGUUGAAGAAAAGGCAACAUAGCAAAUGUAGAGAGGAGGUCAGGAUGGAUUGCUCAGACUUUCCCUUAGGAGGCCAGGAUUUGUGUUCCUUGUGAAACUAAUAGACAAUCUUGACUUCAACUCAAGCCAUGAUUCUAUCCUAAACCAAACUCACCUGUAACUGCAUGAAAAUGCAGUUACAGGUGCAGGAAUGGAUUUUAGUAUCAGGAGUGGCUUUCUUGUUUGUCUGAAGGCAUCAUCAGUAUUUCAGUGAGGGUUUGCUUAACAGUCUACUUGGAGAACAAAAGAGGCAUAACACAGUCGGUCAUAAUGAAAUACCAGAACCCAUCGCCAGUCGUCAAACAAGAGUUCGAAGCUCCUGUGAGGAACUUUCAGCUUGUGUUGAGUUUGGCGCCCUCUUUGGACAAAGCAGUAUCUAAUACAUCUUUGCCGGUUUCACAAUAUAGGAAUUGUUAAUCUUGUGUGUAAUAAUCUCUGUUGCUGUAGGUUAUAAAGAGGCAUCUCUCUAAAUUUAGGCAUCUGUCAUAACCAGACGAAAACUCCUCACAGGGGCUUUAACUUUUCAUAAAUCUCCAUAAAGAAACAUCUGCUUGUGAGUGCAACUAAAACAAUCGGGCUCUGGAUGUCAUUGCUCAACACCAACUUCAUUCUCGCUUCAUAAGUUGCCAGUUAGACUAUAAAAAUAAAGAAAGUAGUGCAUGGAGGACGAAGUCUUGGCUUGAAGUCUUUAACUGCUAAUUGUUGGCUACACUAGAACUCCAGAAGUUUCCUGUUGCUCCCAGAGGCUAGAUUGACAUCAGAUCAUGGUGUUUGGGUUCCAACAUUACUGACAGGAAAGAUUCUUUAGUUGCAUUUGGACACCAACUCUUCUUGGUUUAGGUUGAAUCAGUAAGUCAACAUUGACUAAUGGUUUCACACAGGACUGUGUUACGUACAGCUGUUGAUGCUGUAGUGACUUCACAUAACUUAAACUGAGUUUGUCAAAACUCACUGCACCCCUCAGCUGAAAUCAGUCAGCUCUCACUGAGAACUUAGAACCAUGGGUUGAAAUCAAAAAUCAAAUCAUAAUGACAAAAUACAAAGUUAUGGUGGCAAAAACAACAGAUGCACAGAGUUAUGUAUUUGCCAACAUUAGUUUGACCACCUCCUUAUUUCGUUUCAGUCCUUUCUAUUAUGAAACACUGUAAAAAGGGUUAUCGAAUAAGUUCCAUUGGUCUGUGCAAUUUAAGUCCAAUUCUGCAACAUUACAAACAAAGUGGUUCAUAUGUGAAGUUUUCCAGGAUUUAGGGAAGAAUUUAAAUAUAUACGAGCCCCUACGAUGAUUGUUUGCAACACUGUAAAACUGUAUCUUAAAGUUGUCCUGAACUUUUCCUGUAAGACAAACAUGUGAAACAUCAGCUCUUCUUGUUUUGAUGCAUUUGUUGAGAGUACUUCUUUUAAUUGAUCAAAGGUGCCAACUCUUGAAUGACUUGUGUAGACUUUCUGUUGGAGUGGAUAUGAUUAAAGCUUUAACGUUCUCGGUGCUCCUCCUCUCUGUCCCGGCCUGCGGCGCGACGGAUCAUAGGCUCAACAGUUCUGCUUGCUCUUGUUGUGUGAAGGUCCCGCUCAGGAUCCAGGAUCUCUAAGUGCCGCUUCCGAUGCAUUCUCCCAUGAUGCUCCUCUCCUCUCAAUAAAUGUGUUUACUGUGUUAAUAAAA